UCCGUCGCGGCGUCGCCCAAAAGUCCAAACCCUAAACCCCCACCCCAAACCCAAAGCCGAGAAAGCGAUUUCCUGCCGCCAUUUUCCUAUUUCUCAUUCCUCUCUUCAAUCACCUUCCAUCAAUCAUCCAUGGCGGAGCCAAAUCAAUAGAUGGAUACCGGAAUAGCAUCCGCAACCUAGAUUCCGUGCAAUCGCGCCUGCACCAACCGGAGGAGGAGAACCCGAAGCCGGGGAGGAGGAACCGGAGGGUCGCGGGGCAAGAUGAGCACGGUAGACAAGAUGCUCAUCAAGGGCAUCCGGAGCUUCGACCCGGACAACAAGAACGUCAUCACCUUCUUCAAGCCGCUCACCCUUAUCGUCGGCCCCAACGGCGCCGGCAAGACGACUAUCAUCGAGUGCCUGAAGCUGUCCUGCACCGGCGAGCUGCCCCCCAACUCGCGCUCUGGCCACACCUUCGUGCAUGACCCUAAGGUAGCUGGUGAGACGGAAACAAAAGGGCAGAUUAAGCUGCGGUUUAAGACUGCAGCAGGAAAGGAUGUGGUGUGCAUCCGAUCCUUCCAGCUUACCCAAAAGGCAUCAAAGAUGGAGUUUAAGGCAAUUGAAAGCGUUCUCCAGACUAUAAAUCCACACACGGGCGAGAUGGUCUGCCUCAGCUACAGAUGUGCUGACAUGGAUAGAGAGAUUCCAGCCUUAAUGGGUGUUUCAAAGGCUGUACUAGAGAAUGUUAUAUUUGUCCACCAAGAUGAGUCCAAUUGGCCGUUGCAGGACCCGUCAACGCUUAAGAAGAAGUUUGAUGACAUUUUCUCUGCUACCCGGUAUACCAAAGCUCUUGAAGUCAUAAAGAAACUUCACAAGGAUCAAGCACAAGAGAUCAAGACUUUUAGGUUGAAGCUGGAGAACCUUCAGACUGUAAAAGACCAAGCAUAUAAGCUCUGUGAAAAUAUUGCUCAAGAUCAAGAGAAGUCAGAUGCCUCAAAAUCUCAAAUGGAGCAACUGAAGGCACAGAUCCAAGGUAUCGAGAAUGAAAUCCGGUAUAUGAAAACAGUUAAAAGAGAAUAGGAGAGAAUAAUGGCUUGUCUUCCUCCAAACCCUAGAGGGGUGGGAUAUAUAGUUUCUAUACAUGGGCCUCUAGAUGGGCCUCUAUACAUGGUCUCAAUAUACUCCAACACCCCCCGCAGUCUGAACUACCGGCGCAGCAGUGUUCAAGACUGGACAACAAGAAAGCUAACACCCCCGCAGUCUAAACUACCGACGCAGCGGUGUUCAAGACUGGACAAGAAGAAAGUAUAAAGGGCAAAGACCCCCCCCGCAGCCACAACUAGCCACCUGCUACGUUGAGGCUGGAGCGAAACUCCGAGAAGGUCGAGGAGGGCAGUCCCUUGGUGAAGAUGUCAGCAAACUGGGAGGUGGUCGGGACAUGGAGUACCCGAACAUCGCCGACGGCGACUCUGUCGCGCACGAAGUGUAGGUCGAUCUCCACGUGCUUCGUCCGCUGGUGCUGGACGGGGUUAGUGGAGAGAUACACGGCGCUGACGUUGUCGCAGUAGACGAGCGUGCUCUUGGCGAGCGGGCUGUGGAGCUUCGCCAAGAGCUGUCGAAGCCAGGCGCCUCCGCCACGCCAUUAGCGACAGCCCGUUACUCCGCCUCAGCACUGGAGCGGGAGACAACCGGCUGCCGCUUGGACGACCAGGAGACCAGGUUGCCGCCCGGGAAGACGGCAUUGCCGGAAGUGGAGCGACGAGUGUCCGGGCAGCCAGCCCAGUCAGCGUCGGUGUAGACCACCAGCUCAGCAGAGGACGAGCGGUGAAGCACCAGGCCGAGGUCCACAGUGCCACGGACGUAGCGGAGGAGACGCUUCAGCGCAGCAAGGUGUGACUCCCGGGGAUCAUGCAUAUGGAGACAGACCUGCUGGACAUCGUAGGUGAGGUCCGGCCUGGUGAAGGUGAGGUAUUGCAAUGCGCCGGCCAGACUCCGGUAGGCCGUAGGAUCAGCCACCGGAUCACCCAGAUCAGCAGACAGCUUCGCCUGAGUGUCGACAGGAGUGGAGCAGGGCUUGCAAUCAGUCAUCCCAGCCCGCUCCAGGAUAUCCAGUGCGUACUGCCGCUGGUGAAGGAGAAGACCAGACUGGCGAGGCUCAACAGUGACGCCCAAGAAGUGGUGGAGCUGACCAAGAUCCUUCAUAGCGAACUCCUACUGCAAAGAGGAGAUGACACUCUGAAGCAACUGCUGACUGGAGGCUGUGAGCACAAUGUCAUUGACAUAGAGCAGCAGAAUGUAGCCUCAUCCCCACUGCGGUAGACGAAGAGAGACGUGUCAGACUUGGCCUCGGUGAACCCCAAUGUCAGCAAGAGCGUGGCGAACCGAGAGUACCAAGCCCGAGGAGUCUGUUUCAGUCCAUAGAGAGACUUGUUGAGCCGGCAGACCAUAUCCGGACGACUCGAGUCCACAAAUCCCGCUGGCUGAGAGCAGUAGACAGUCUCCGACAGAGUGCCGUGAAGAAACGCAUUCUUCACGUCCAGCUGGUGCACAGGCCAAGAGCGUGAGAGCGCAAGCGAGAGGACCGUGCGCACCGUAGCGGGCUUCACGACUGGGCUGAAUGUCUCAUCAUAGUCCACACCAGGCCGCUGAGUGAACCCCCGAAGAACCCAGCGAGCCUUGUAGCGCUCCAGUGUGCCAUCCGCCCGACGCUUAUGCGUCCAGAUCCACUUUCCAGUUACCACAUUGCAACCAGACGGACGCGGCACGAGGUCCCACGUCUGGUUGGCAAGAAGAGCCGCGUACUCCUCUUCCAUCGCACGACGCCAGUGAGGAUCCGCCAAGGCGUCGCGGACAGAGGAGGGUACAAGAGAGACCCGCUGCUCUCCCUCGGUGGCGGAGAGAGUCGCGGCCUGAGACGCCAUCCGCCGAGUCACCAUGGGAUGGAUAUGCCGAGGAUCCCGAUGGAUGACUGGCGGGUGGUAUACCUCUGGCUCGGCUCGAGAGGGAGCCGGAGGAGGCGGCGGUGGCGACGGCUCCGGCGUCAGCGUCGCAGGAGCCUCCGGGGCAGGAGGCGGAGUCGGUGUCGGCACCGAACUAUGCCGGUACACCUGCACCGGCUCAGCGUACCGCUGCGGUGCCGGAGUUGGCGCCGAGCGACGCUGGUACACCUGCAUCGGCUGAGCGUACCGCGCAGGUGCAGGGGAAGGCACCGGGGCCGCGCGUGGCGCAGCGGGAGACACCGGGUCCCCGCGCGGCACGUCAGGAGGUCCGGGGGCCGCGCGUGGCGCGACCGCAGGCAUCGGGGCCGCGCUCGGCGCAGCAGUGAUCACCGGAAGCAGUGCCGGUGCGCCGGGAAAACCUGCAGGGAAAGGACAAACAGGUAACGGUGGCUGAACCAUCGGGUCAGUCGGAAACAGAGACUCCAGCUUGGGGUCAGGAGAAGGAGUGGAGGAGGUGGAGUAGGGGAAAUCCGACUCGUCAAAGACGACGUGUCGGGAGAUCAGGACACGGCGAGAGGUGAGGUCAAAGCAUCGGUACCCCUUGUGGUCAGUGCAGUAACCGAGGAACACACAAUGAUGAAUCUAAUGGCUCUCAAGUAGAGCAAGUUGAUGAUGUUGUAGGAUUGGAGGAACCAUCAAGCAAGGCGAUCAAGAAGCUAGCCAUUGGAAAGAUAAAGCCUCAAGAACAAGAGGAUCAAGAUGAUGAUAAGAUGGUGUUUCCAAGUCCAUCAAGAACACAUUCCGCAGCGCAUCCCGGAAACUCCCGAAAUCAAGCCGGAGACUCUGGGUCUCAAAUCCGGUCUAACCGGAAAGAGGACCGGAGUAUUCGGGACAUGGAUCAAGAACCAUCAUCCGAUCAUCAAGAUCAACCUCAAGAUGAAGAAGAGGCUCAACAAGUUCAACAACAAACGCAAGUUUCUCAUCCAAGAGUUCAUCAAAGUAUCCAAAAGGAUCAUCCGGUGGACAACAUCCUUGGAAGCAUAACUAAAGGGGUAACCACUCGUUCUCGUUUGGCUACCUUUUGUGAACAUUACUCGUUUGUUUCUUUCUUGGAGCCACUAAAGGUAGAAGAAGCCUUGGAUGAUCUGGAUUGGGUGAUGGCCAUGCAAGAGGAGUUGAACAACUUCACACGGAAUGAAGUCUGGUCCUUAGUAGAAAGACCCAAGCAAAAUGUCAUAGAAACCAAGUGGGUCUUUCGAAACAAGUAAGAUGAAAAUGGCGUGGUAACAAAAAACAAGGCAAGGUUGAUUGCUCAAGGAUUCACGCAAAUCGAAGGUUUGGAUUUUGGUGAGACUUAUGCUCCUGUAGCUAGGCUUGAGUCAAUUCGUAUUUUAAUUGCCUAUGCUACUCACCAUGAUUUCAAAUGGAUGUGAAAAGCGCAUUUCUAAAUGGACCAAUCUCCGAAUUGGUAUAUGUUGAGCAACCACCGGGCUUUGAAGAUCCCAAGUUUCCAAACCACGUCUUCAAGCUCCAUAAGACGCUCUAUGGGCUUAAGCAAGCUCCUAGAGCAUGGUAUAAAUGCCUUAAGAAAUUUUUUCUCAAGAACGGUUUCGUAAUGGGCAAAGCCGAUUCCACUCUCUUUACUUAAAAAGUAGAUAAAGAUCUCUUUGUCAAAUUUAUGUUGAUGACAUUAUCUUUAGUUCUACUAAUGAAAAGUUUUGUGAAGAGUUUAGUAGGAUCGUGACCAAGAGAUUCGAGAUGUCCAUGAUGGGUAAAUUGAAGUUCUUCCUUACUUUUCAAAUCAAGCAAAUGAAGGAAGAAGCUUUCAUAUGUCAAACUAAAUAUGCAUAUGAUAUGCUCAAGAAAUUUGACAUGGCCGAUGCUAAACCCAUCAAGACUCCUAUGGCCAUGAAUGGACAUCUUGAUCUAAAUAAAGGUGAAAAAUCGGUGGAUCAAAAGGUAUAUCACUCCAUGAUCGGUUUUUUGCUUUACCUUUGUGCAUCUAGGCCGGAUAUUAUGCUUAGUGUGUGCAUAUGUGCAAGACUUCAAGCUAAUCCUAAGGAAUGCCAUUUGGUAGCCGUUAAAAAAAUCUUGAGAUAUUUAGUGUUAACUCCAAGCCUUGGCUUGUGGUAUCCCAAGGGCUCCACUUUCGAUUUACUUGGCUGUUCCGAUUCGGAUUACGCCGGUUGCAAAGUUGAUCGAAAGAGUACAACGGGGACUUGCUAAUUGCUUGGUCGAUCCUUGGUGUCUUGGAGCUCUCAGAAACAAAAUUCCGUUGCACUAUCCACCGCCGAGGCCGAGUAUGUUGCAGUCGGUGCUUGUUGUGCUCAACUACUUUGGAUGAGGCAAAUCUUGAGUGACUUUGGUUGUGAGUAUAAAAAAGGUACCUCUUUUGUGUGACAAUGAGAGUGCCAUCAAACUAGCCAACAACCCCGUCCAAAACUUAAGAACCAAGCACAUUGACAUAAGACAUCACUUCCUAAGAGACUACGAAACCAAAAGAGAUAUCGCUUUAAGUCAUGUGAGUACCGAUAAGCAACUAGCCGAUAUCUUCACAAAGCCCCUCGAUGAGCAAAGGUUCUGUUUUAUUAGGAGUGAGCUAAAUAUCUUGGAUUCUCGUAACUUGGUUUGACAUGUUGCACAUAUCUUGUCUUGAUGCCUAGACUAGAGAAAAAUGUUAUUUGUGUGAGUUUUUCCAAAAUUUUUGAAGUUGUGAUCGUUGGAUCACCCCUUGUCUCAAAUAAUCAUUGUUAUGUAUUGUUGAUUGUGCCUGAUCAUUUUGAGUUAAGGAUCUUAUAUGUCCAUACAUUAUUCUCUAUCUCAUCGGAUAAAAAAAAUCUCACAUCAAAUCUAUCUAAAUUGGCAAAACUUUCUGGUAGAAUCCGGAUGAUCCGGACCUACGUCGGAUGAUCCGGCCUACUGCGCCCAAAACUCACUGGUCAUCUUCGGAUGAUCCGGCCCUUGUCCGGAUCAUCCGGCUCCCUGCGCCCAGACCUCUCUGAUCAUGUCCGGAUGAUCCGGCCUUACCCCGGAUCAUCCGGCCCUGGUAGUCUGGGUAUAUAAGGGCCGGUGGCGGGGGUGCCCUAACACCCUUUUAUUUUUUUUUCCUUCGCCGCCACCACCUUCUUCCAAAAAAAACUCCGUGCGGCGAUUUGGCGAUUCAACUGGGAUUUCUUCGAGCUUUCUUGCUCCUUUGAUUCUCUAUGUCUCGGAAGAUCCGGACCCCUCCGGAACUCUUUCGAUUCACGCGGGAAACUCAAAGGUAUUUGAUUCAAAAUCCUCUCGCCCCGAUCUCUUAAUGUAGGAAGUUCUAGGGGAUUUCCUCCGGUGAAUCAUCUUCUUUAUCUAUCUAGAGGUCAUGCCUAGAGUUUCAUUAGAUUUCGUUGGCUAAAUCCUCGGAUUCAUGACUUGGUAGUUCGUCCCGAGCAGAGCCGGAUGAUCCGGCCUAUGUCCGGACCUGGACAGGUCCGGAUGAUCCGGUGCAUACCCGGAUGAUCCGACUAUGCCCAGGAAAGAACUACUUAUUCAUUGAUUUUUUCCUUUCUUUCUCCGUCAUAUCCUAAAUCUUGGUUACUUAUCUGGUGUUCUAGAUGGUGAAAACCAAAGUGAGCAAGAAGAAGGGUCCCCCCACCGACUCUGAAAGUGAUAAUGAUUAUAGGGGGAGCUCUGAGGAGGAAGUUCAUACUAGACGCAAGCAAAGCACAAAGAAGGGUGCGACCAAAAGGAAUGUGCGAGGUCGUGGCACAGCAUAUCCUACUGGACAAGGCAGAGGUACUGGAAGAACGUCUAGAGGGCAAUCUAGCUCUGCUUUAGCUGAUCCUAGUCAUCCUAGAGUUGAGCCUGAUGCUGAUAUUGACCUGUCAUAUCUUGAGAAUGUCAUGGCCACUAUUGCUCAACCAACUCGUCACCGUCAUGAUUCUCCUAUGGUCAACUACAAGAUGGGUGGCAACUUUGUUGAGCAUCUGAGAUAUAGUGAAGAUCCAUCUGAGGUUGAGCGUAGCUUUCAUGGUGAUUCUCGCUUUUGGUUUCCUCAUCAAGCCGACUGGUAUGAGUCAGUCAUUAUGACCAAGAAGCAUGUCACCACAGAAAUGAAGUGGAUUAAUUGGAACUACUUGAAGGGGUUAGCUUCACCACUUAAGUAGUUGAUGCAGUUUAUGACCGGUGCCAAGAGAUGGAUUUGAUUGACAUCAUGAGUUUCUCUUGCCCAUGGAAUGAGGAAGUUGUGGCCCAAUUUUAUGCCACACUUCAUAUUAGUGAAUGUGGAAGAAUCUUUCAGUUUUUAAUUGAAGGGAAACGGUUCACUUACACCAUGGCCCAGUUCAGUAUCUUGUUUGGUCACGCUGGGGACCAAGUUGGCUAUGGUGAUGGAUAUAUUGUGAAUCGUGAUGAAUCAAAAGUGGAUUUGCAUGAAGGUAAUGAACUUGAUUCCUCCAAGAUGCACUUCAUGUAUGAUCGGGCUUAUAGUGAGAUAGUGCUUGGGCAAGUCAAGGGCCUCACUCCAUUUUAUAGAUUGCUCAACACUUUAUUUCGGUUCACUCUCACUCCAAGAGGGGGUGACUCGGACAACAUCUCCCAUAGGGUCAAGAAUUUGUUAGUACAGAUGGAUCCUGGAAAGCGCAAGUUUGCAGUUAUGGAGUUUAUUUGGAAUGAGAUCAUCUCUUGCUCAUUAGAUUCUUCUAGUGUAUAUUGCUAUGCUCCAUAUAUCUUCCAUAUGAUCAAGACCACACAUCUCAACAUAUUGCACAACACCCUCCAUGUGUCAUAUCAUACAACCAAAGGCAAGACUGAGCAAACUCUCCACAUUGGCAAUCACAGCACUGGCAUUACUCCAUCUGGACCUUUUCCUGGUGCAUAUCCACCUUCAUCUACUUCUGCUCCUGGUGCAUCAUCUUCUAGAGGAGCUCCUUCAUCUUCUCGGCCAGCACCUUCUUCACCUACAGGACCAUCCACCUCACGUGGGCGACGAGCUUCAAAGGGCAAGAAAGGCAAGUUAGAUUUUAUUGCUCAAGGCAUUUUCACUUGCUUCAAUAUGUGCCACCAGAACUCCCAGGAGAUCCGUGAGCAUAGAAGGUACAUGGAUGAAGAACUCCUUAAGUUUGAGAGGAGGCAAAAGGAAAUCAUGGCCAAGGUUGAUCUUCCUCACUCUCUAGUUCAUGAGCCUAGGGAUUUUCCCACUCCUCCAAGGGUUUAUAAUCCAUGGGAUGAUUUUGUGUCGCAAGAGAACCCAUUUGAUGAUGUUGAGCUUGACUAUGGCGGUCAAGAAAUGCAUGAUGAGAAAGAGGAAGAGGCAGAUGAUGAUGAGGAGACCGAGUCCGAUGGUGAUGGAGAUGGCGAUGGCGACGAGGACGAGGACGAGUAGCUUCUUUUUUGGCGCUUGAUGCCAAAGGGGGAAUGAAUUUGGCGCUUGGAGGCCCCUCUUUCGCUUUCGCUUUUCAUCAUUUCAUCUAUCUUAUUCAUGUAUGGACAUGUAAGAACUAUUGUGAUGGUGUUAUGUGUGGUGUGUGCCAUGUGAACAAUUUCGGUUUGUAAGACUUAAUUUGCUAGUGUAAUGUCGAAACUUCUAUUUAUCUA